AUGCCUGCCUCCGUGCACUCCCAGGAUCAGGACCAGUCCAUGAUGGACGCCACCGCCGCGGCACCUCAAGAACAAGAACAGCAGGUUGAGCAAGAAGAUGUGUUGGAGGAAAAGCGGAUCAUUGUCCUUCCCGGGGCUACCGAGACAGCGGCUUCUUUCCAGUUUGAGGGCGAGGGUCAUACAUUGGGCAAUGCGCUACGAUAUGCCAUUAUGAAGAAGUGCGUGCUGCUGUUCAUUGUCUCUGUCGUUGACAUUGUUGAAUUCUGUGGAUAUACUAUCCCCCAUCCUUCCGAGACUAAGAUGAACCUGCGCAUUCAGACUUAUGACACAACGAACGCAGUGGAAGCACUGGAGAAGGGCUUGGAUUCUCUGAUGGAUCUAUGUGAUGUUGUUACGGACAAGUUCACCGCCUCCCGUGAUGCCUUUAAUGCCUCUGAGGCUGAUAAAAUGAACUCUUAA